AUGAAGUUCAUCAGCGCUGUCCCCGUUGUCGCCAGCCUGGCGGCCGCCCAGAUGCAGGUCAUGAGCCUCGCGCCGGCUGCUGCCAGCGGGCCCGCUACACAUACCGUUUCACAGGUCGUCGUCGGUGGUCUCAUACCCGUGGAAACAGGCAUGGCGCCCGUGCUGGGCUACCGCCCUGAGGCCAUCACCGCCAACGUCGGCGACGUCGUCGAGUUCCAGUUCAUGCAGAAGAACCACACCGCCACACAGUCGACCUUCGCCGAGCCGUGCAAAGCCAUGGAAGGUGGCAAAGACAGCGGGUUCAUGCCGAAUCCGGAGGGCAAGGCGGGUGUGACGUGGAACAUGACCGUGGAGACUACAGAUGCGAUAUGGAUGUACUGCAAACAAUCCCAAGGAGAGCACUGCGGCAAAGGCAUGGUGUUCAGCAUCAACGCCAAGUUCGACGGCGACAAGACAAUGGCGCAGUUCAAACAGCUCGCCAUCAACACAAACGGCACCACGCUCAAGGACAGCGCCAUCCAGAACGUCAACCCCGCCGCCGCCGCUGCCCCGUCCACCGUCACCGUCUUGGCAGGCGACGGCGCGCUCGCGACCGCCAGUGGAAGCGGGGCGCUGGCCUCCGCCACCGUCGUCGCGGGCAGUGGCACCGAUGGUGCAGGCCAGACGUGCACGUGCAGCUGCCUGUGCGGUAUGAACAGCUUCCCCGCGAGCGCGGCGGUGAACAACUUCGGUGGCUUCGCCGGUAUGAUCGGAUAG